AUGGCGAUUGGGCUCAUGACAGAUGAUCCAAAGAUGGCGGAGGUAGAUCCAGAGACGUUGUUGGAAUGGCUGUUGACUGGCCAAGGCGAUGAGCGAGAUAUGCAGCUCAUUGCCUUGGAACAGCUCUGCAUGCUACUACUUAUGUCAGACAAUGUGGACAGGUGUUUUGAAAGCUGUCCUCCUAGAACAUUUCUUCCAGCUCUGUGCAAAAUAUUUCUAGAUGAAUAUGCACCAGAUAAUGUAUUGGAAGUAACUGCUAGAGCGAUCACUUACUACUUGGAUGUUUCAGCUGAAUGUACUAGAAGAAUAGUAGCCAUAGAAGGUGCAGUAAAGGCUAUUUGUAGCCGUUUGUUAACUGUAGAUCCUAAUAAUAGAACAAGUAAGGAUCUUGCCGAACAAUGUAUAAAGGUGUUAGAAUUAGUAUGCACCCGUGAGCCUGGCGCAGUCUGGGAAGGGGGAGGUUUACCAGCUGUAUUACACUUUAUAACUCAUUAUGGAACUUCUGUGCAUAAGGAUACACUUCACUCAGCCAUGGCUGUUGUUUCAAGAGUCUGUGGUAAAAUGGAACCCGGUGACGCUCGUGUUGGUGACGCCGUCAGUUCGUUAUCCUCGCUGCUUCGGCAUAGCGAUACCCGCGUUGCUGAUGCGGCCUUACGGUGCUUCGCAUCUCUAGCUGAUCGAUUUGCAAGGGCUCACGCCGAUCCAGCACCGCUUGCUGAACAUGGUCUUAUUCAAGAAUUAGUACACCGCCUGGGUAGUACUGAAAACAGUGAUGACAAAUGCUCUGUGCCGUCUGUUUCUACCACAGUUAGCUUACUAACGACCCUAUGUCGGGGCUCUGAACAAAUUACUCAUGAUUUGGUUCGUUUAGACUUAUGCGCGGCUAUUGAAGCCGCAGUACAAUCAGAUGAACGCUGGAGUUUAGAAUGCAUGCGUUUAGUGGACUUAUUGCUCGUUCUUCUUUGUGAGGGACGUCAAGCUAUACAAACGGGCUUAAACCGUAACGGAUCAGCAGCAGCCAGCACUAGUUCUUCGGUAGUGGGCUCGUCGAAUGUAACAGCGAGCGGGGAGGGCUCAGUAAGGGACAAAUCUCACAGGCAACUCAUUGAUUGCAUCCGGGGAAAAGAUACAGAUGCCCUUAUGUCAGCGGUUAACAGUGGCGCCGUAGAUGUCAACUUCACGGAUGAUGUGGGCCAGACCUUACUAAACUGGGCAGCUGCAUUCGGUACAAGAGAAAUGGUGGAGUUUUUGUGUGAGAAAGGUGCGGACGUAAACCGUGGACAGCGUAGCUCGUCCCUCCACUAUGCGGCUUGCUUCGGCCGACCAGCGAUCGCCAAAGUUCUACUCAGAUAUGGCGCAAACGCCGAUCUCAGGGAUGAAGACGGUAAAACGCCCCUUGACAAAGCGAGAGAAAGGCACGAUCAAGGUAAACGGACCGGCCAUCGUGAAGUGGCUGCGAUAUUGCAAUGUCCCGGGGAAUGGCUUGUAGUCAGUAAUCAGGAUUCACCCGCUUCUUCAAACGAUGAAGAUUUUCCGGACACUGGUGAUAAGGAAAUGGCAUCGAUAUACCUUGAACGACUUGUACCAGUCUUCUGUUCGCGUUAUAUAGGGGCAGGUGGUGCUGGUGUAAAGCGAGCAUGUUUGUCACUAGUACGCAAAAUGGUUCACUAUGCGCCCGCGCAGCGUUUACGCUCCCUUUCAGUUCCUCGCACCGCCUCGCUCGUAACUAGGCUAAUCGCUCGCGUACUUGACACACAGGACGAUGAUGACGGACAUUUAACUGUGUUAGCUAUAGCUGAAGAACUAAUGGUGAAAGCUGCUGACAUUUACCUAGAGCAGUUUGCUAGAUUGGGUGUUUUCAGCAAAGUUGAAGCAUUGGCUGCUGCCCAUCCAGCACCACGUCCCGUUGAAAGUACCACUGUCAUAGCAUCAGGUUCGUCGACUGAAUCUCCUGGAGAAGACGCAUCUAGCUUAGCAAGUGGCACUGCCUAUUCUUGGGGCGAGUGGUUUUUGUGUCGCGGACGCGAUGCCCUAUACGUUUGGAGUGAUGUAGCAGCCCUUGAACUAAGUACCGGCUCUAACGGCUGGUUCCGCUUCUUGCUAGAUGGCAAACUGGCUACCAUGUACUCAAGUGGCAGUCCAGAACAUCAGACAGAUAAUACUGAAAAUCGUGGUGAAUUCAUCGACAAACUGCAAAGGGCAAGAGCCUCCGUGAAGAACUCGGUUCCACAACCGAUACUAUCUAAGCCAGGCAAUACGAAGUUAAUUCUUGGAAACUGGGUGCUUUCAUGCAAAAAGGAGAAAGAACUUCACAUCCACAAUACAGAUGGACAACAACAAACGACAAUAUUACGGGAAGAUCUACCUGGUUUCAUAUUUGAAUCUAAUAGAGGGACUAAGCACUCCUUUACGGCUGAAACAUUUUUGGGUCCAGACUUAGCUACUGGCUGGGUGGAUCGUAGGCUAACUACGACGAGUAACGGAAACGUAACUCAACGAAGCCGGCUCUCCGCUAAGGCUGAGGCACAAAAAGCACAGGUCGGAGAAAGAGCCCGUGCGUUAUACACCCGCCAUCUUGCUAGCGCCGCUUGUAGACAACCACGGGCACCUGUUGCUAGAUUGCGGGCUCUACUGGCUUUGCUUCACAAAAUUGCUUCUGAACCUACCGGUGAUUGGAAGAAGGAAUUGAAGGAAACAAUCAAUCAUUUAACGGAGUUGUUAUGUGGAGAAGAGUUGCUGUCAGCGUAUGAAUUGGAGUCAUCUGGAUUAGCACCCGCUCUCCUACAAGUACUUUCGCCCCAACCUAAUGAUUCUCCGGGUCAACUAGCAGAGCGUGAACGAAUUAUACGAGAAUGGCUGAUGGAAGGCGAAACCGGCGGUACUGUGGCUUCACGACUGGUGGCUGUUUUGGAGAGUGUGGAGAGGUUGCCGGUACUUGCGCCUGCGCCGGAUGCGCCGCCCGCUCAUCCAGCCGCUUUACACCAUCUUACUAAACGCAUUAGGUUGCGCGUAGAACGUGCAAGCGAAGAUACUUCCGACGAUUCGACAUCAAACAACAGCAGUAGGAAUUUGAGAGUGGAAGCGCUAACUACAGUGCGUCAAUUGGAACGCUUCCUUGCUAAGUCGGUGGCUCGCCAGUGGUACGAUAUGGAAAGGGCCACCUACAAUUUCGUACAGAAAAUCAAAUCGGAAGCACCAAUUUCAUUUACAUACGAUCAUGAUUUUGAUGACAACGGCUUAUUCUAUUUCAUCGGAAGUAACGCUGGUACAAGCGAGUGGGUCAACCCAGGUGCACAUGGUCUAGUCAGUGUAUGGUCAUCAGAUGGACGUCAGCUACCAUACGGACGCGCUGAAGACGUUCUCUCAAGGUCACCUGAACCCUUAAACGUUCAUACCAAUGACGAUAGACGUGCCUUCAUAGCAGUCGACUUGGGACUCAAUGUGGUUCCGUCUGCGUAUACUUUGAGACACGCCCGGGGUUACGGCAGAUCUGCUCUCAGGAAUUGGCUUUUCCAGAUGUCAGCGGAUGGUGUUACUUGGAGUACUCUUGUAUCACACACUGACGAACAAGCACUGCAAGAGCCUGGAAGCACAGCGACGUGGCGAGUGCGCGCUGAUGUACCCUAUCGUUACAUGCGUAUACAACAGAACGGGAAAAAUUCUUCAGGCCAAAGUCAUUAUCUCUCGCUCUCGGGUCUUGAAAUCUAUGGGAAGGUAACGAGCGUAUUUGAUACGGUCCCCCGUCAAGUAGGCGGACCGACGUGUGUAAGCGGCGCUGUGACGUCAGCGAGUACUGGGAGUGGAGGUAGCACGGGCCGUGCGCGUCGCGUGUCGCGGAACGCGCGAGGAAUAUGCGUAGGCGCACGCGUCGCACGCGGUCCGGAUUGGAAAUGGCGCGACCAAGACGGUGCGCAACCCGCUAUGGGGACGGUGACGUCAGAUCUACACAACGGAUGGGUGGAUGUCAGGUGGGAUCAUGGCGGUCGAAACUCGUACCGCAUGGGCGCAGAAGGAAAGUUCGAUUUGAAAUUGAUUGGAAGCUAUGAACACAACACGAAUUCGCGUUCUCGUAAGAGCCAUUCCACGCCUAGUCUACCUGACGCUACGAAUAAUGAUAACCAGGUUUCCGUAGCUUCGACUGAGCAAGCAUCGUCGGCAGACAAUAUUUCAGGCGAGGAAAUGGCGACCAACAUGACACGCCCCCGCAUGCACGCAACUGACCUCUCGGCCAUCAAUAACUCUACCCACCAUAUAAACACAGAUCUCGCGACAAUCGUAGAGUCACUAACCCUCGGAGCAGAAGGCAACAAUUGUAUGGCGGAUUUGGCGAAUACUUCGUUAACCAACAUGGAGAUGGGACCCACCAGUAUUACUGAUAUUACGAAACCUUACCCAGCUAAAGAGCCCGCCCCGGAGUCUAACAGUCAGGAGUGCGAGGAGAAUGAGAAUAGCGAGGGUCAGUACGUAGAGCACAAAAACGAUGGACAAGCAGGCAGCGGUACUAUGAGUGCCAGCGAACCAGAUCUGACGCAGCAGGGUGCGGCGCGGUUACUAGAAUCUCUUGGUGUGGGUCGGAUGACGAGCGGGUCUCGGAACAACUCUAACCAGCAGAGAUCUAAUCGUAACAAUCCCAGCUCUCUGUUCCCUAGCUUAGUACGCCUAGCGCUGUCCAGUAACUUUCCGGGCGGUCUUUUGUCUGCCGCGCAAAGCUAUCCGUCCCUUGCACCGAACGCCCAGAAUGCUCUCACGUUAUCGCUGACCUCUACGUCCAGUGAAAGUGAACAGGUCUCAUUAGAAGACUUCCUAGAGUCGUGUCGUGCGCCGGCUCUCCUCACAGAGUUGGACGACGAUGAUGAGGGUGACGACGCACUUGAUAGUGACAAAGAAAAUGAACCCACAUACCAGGAUCUACCGCGCGUUGCUUAUGUAUCUCGUAAUCUAUUAUCUUUGAUGGAGGAGGAGGCGUUAGAAGCAGUUCAUGGCGGCGCUAGUGGUCGCAAUGGAGCCCCGGCAUGGCGUGCGCGGAAGCCUUGGGAUGACGAUUUUGUUCUCAAGCGUCAAUUCUCAGCGUUGAUACCCGCUUUUGACCCAAGACCCGGGCGCACUAAUCUCAACCAGACUGUUGAUCUCGAUAUACCCCUGAACGAAGAAUCCGAAUCGGAAGAAGCCGAUGAACCCACAGCCAGCGGCAGUGAUGCGACACUCACGGAGAACACAAACGUAACUAGCUCGCGACUGCCUGCCUUAAAGCUGGUCCUUAAUUCAGCUGGUGUAUCACUACCGUUGGAUAGGCCAUCGUGGACGCUUUACCGAGCCGUGCUUGCCCUAAAUGCCAAACUGCCAGCGCAUGAUUCGCACAGAGAUACAACGUACACGUUGACUUACAAGGAGGUAGAGAGUGCGGACACGUUGACUCCAACAAGUAAUAGCGAAGAGGACGAGCCUGAAGACCCAGUGGAGCGUGGUGUCUUGGGAUCCGAGGGCGACAGUGAUAAGGGCGCGAUGGUGACCUGCUGUGUUCGCGUGCUACGACGUCUACGAGCCACUGUACCUUCCUUGUCACCUGAAGCACUCCUUUCUACCAAGCUGACUAACAAACUGCACCACCAGCUACAGGAGCCUCUUACACUAGCAGCAGCAGCUGCGCCUAGAUGGUGUCAACAGUUAAAUGAUUGGUGUCCGUUCCUGUUUCCAUUGGAAACUAGACAGAUGUUCUUCGCUUGCACUGCAUUUGGCACUUCCAGGACGAUAGUCUGGUUACAAGCGCAGCGGGAUCGAGCCUUAGACAGACAGAGAGCUGGUAACACGGUAUCUCCAAGACGAGCGGAUCUAGAAGCGUCAGAGUUUCGUAUGGGCAGAUUGAGGCACGAGCGAGUCAGAAUACCACGUGAUCCACACUUGCUACGGUCAGCCAUGCAAGUGAUGCGUGUACACGCGGGUCGGAAGUCCGUGCUCGAGGUAGAAUUCGCCGGUGAGGAGGGCACAGGGCUCGGUCCAACUUUAGAGUUCUACGCGCUUGUCGCGGCAGAAUUACAGCGAGCUGACCUAAACAUGUGGCUGAACGAUGCGCACACGCAAGAAAGCAGCACACCGCAUAUAACGCUGCCAGAUGUAGAAAAACCAUUGGGUUACUACGUGUCGUGCGCUGGUGGCCUGUUCCCAGCGCCGUUGCCUCAAGACUCAACUAUCUGUGAUAAAGUUUGCAAAUAUUUCUGGUUCCUAGGAGUAUUUUUAGCUAAGGUUUUACAAGACGGGCGACUAGUCGAUUUACCUUUAUCUGAGCCUUUCUUGCGAAUAAUGUGCGGCGAAGAGCUCGCGACUGAUCUCUUGGAGGAAGUUGAUCCAAUUAGAUAUAGGUUCCUUAUUAGUGUAUUAGCCGCGGCGGAUAUAUACGACGCGAUAAUGAGAGAUACAACACUAAAUGAGGAGCAGCGUGAAAGCCGUACGAAAGAGUUAUCGGUAGAUGGCGCCACGUUUGAGCAACUCUCUCUUACUAUGACUUAUGUAGCAGCCAACACGGACAGUUCGGUAGCCAUACAGCCAUUGUGUGAGGGAGGUGAACAUAUCGAGGUUGGACCGCACAAUGCCCGCGAGUACGCUCUCUCUAGCGCCCGCUGGAUGGUGUCUGACGGUGUGAGACGUCAAACGGACGAAUUUCGACGCGGCUUCGGCGCUGUGUUCCCCCCUCGACGGUUACGUGCCUUUUCACCAUCCGAACUGCGGCUUCUCGUGUGCGGGGAGCGUGGCCCUGUCUGGACUAGAGAUCAUUUGCUGCAGUACACAGAGCCCAAACUUGGAUAUACCCGUGACAGUCCGGGCUUCUUACGGCUCGUGGAAGUGCUGGUGGAGAUGUCUUGUCGGGAGCGCAAGGCUUUCCUACAAUUUGCGACUGGCUGUAGCAGUCUGCCGCCUGGUGGUCUGGCUAAUUUGCAUCCUCGACUCACUGUAGUGCGCAAGGUGGACGCGGGCGAUGGUUCCUAUCCCUCUGUGAACACAUGCGUACACUAUCUCAAGCUACCCGAGUACUCGUGUAAAGAAGUUCUACGCGAAAGACUUCUAGCAGCGACUAACGAGCGAGGCUUCCAUCUCAACUAG